GAUAAGAUGAUACUUCAACCAUUUUUAUUUUUUUUUAUAUUGUAAUUGCACUAAACACUCUCUCUCCACCCUAACUAUCUCCACCGCGGCUUUCACUGUUCACACUUCUUAUUUUCUCACAAAUUUUCUAUCAUUUUCUCGGGAAAAUUCCAGCUGAAGAUACUGACUUCAACAUAUACUUUCAGAUUGAUUGGUAAUCGGAAGAAUCCGGGAGAAAGUUGCCCCGAUCCAGGUGGCCACGCUCGCAGUAUCUCAUUCACACGUGAAACUACGCGCCGCCUCCACUCCGAGACGGUUCCCUGCUUCCUCCUUGCAGGUACUCUUUUUCUCAUCCUUCAAUCGCGCCGUGACUGUAAGGAUGGCUCUCUCUCCGUCUGCCCAAAACCCAGUUGUUGAGCAGCAGAAAGUUACAAUAUCAAACAAACAUGGUGAAAAACUGAUAGGCUUAUUACUUGACACUGGAUCCAACGACAUAGUUAUAUUAUGCCAUGGUUUUUGUUCCACAAAGGAAAACGAUAUCAUGGUGAAUCUUGCCACCGCAUUAGAAAAGGAAGGAAUCUCUGCCUUCCGUUUCGACUUGGCUGGAAAUGGGGAAAGUGAAGGUUCAUUUGCAUAUGGAAAUUACAGGAGAGAGGCUGAUGAUUUACGUGCUGUAAUCGAACACUUCCGCGGAGCAAGCCCAAGCAGAGGCAUAAGUGCAAUUCUUGGGCAUAGUAAAGGAGGCGAUGUGGUGCUCCUAUAUGCUUCAAAAUAUCAGGAUAUCAGCACAGUUUUCAAUGUUUCUGGCCGUUAUGAUCUGAAGAGAGGCAUUGAAGAACGAACUGGAAAGGGUUUUAUGGAAAAGAUCAACCAAGAUGGAUUCAUUGAUGUUAAGGAUGGAACGGGGAGUGUCAUUUAUCGUGUCACCAAGGAAAGUCUGAUGGAUCGCCUGAAUACUGAUAUGCAUGAAGCAUGCCCUGCGAUCAAGAAGGAUUGCAGGGUCUUCACCAUUCAUGGUUCUGCUGAUGAAAUCAUCCCUGUGGAGGAUGCGUUAGAGUUUGCCAAGAUCAUACCAAAUCACACUCUACACAUCAUAGAAGGAGCAAAUCAUUGCUACACUUCACAUCUAACUGAGUUAGCAUCUGUUGUGUUGAACCUCAUGAAGGCAACCUUGAAGCAGGGCAAGGAUAACCCUUAGAGCUUGGUAGUGAUGUGCAUCAAGAAAUCAAAAUAAUACCCUAGAUAGCACUUGAUCCAGGGUAGUGUGGUUUUCACUUUUUUCAGGCAGUUUUUUCCAAGAAUUGCUGGGUUUGUCAAGGUCUAACUUUUUCCUGUGCUUGUAUUUACUGGUGGGUCCAUCUAUUAAUAAUACAAGCGUAAGCAUUUAAUAUUAUGAGGAAAAAAGUUUAUA